CCAGUCUUAUCUCAUCUUACAUCUCCAUCAAUGAGAAGUAAUCGAGUCGUAUUUUUGUUUUAACUUUCAAACUGAAAUUUAAGUAAAGUUACGCGACAUUAUUCAACUUUUCGAACUUCGGCGAUGGAAGGACACACAAAGAGUUUUUCUUGUCAUGAUAAAAUGAUCAAUUUAGAAAGCAGUUUGAUGUACAAUGAAUUUAUAAAAAAGUCUCAAAAAUGGUCAUCUUCAAUGGAUUCUUUGGAAUUCGCAAAGAGGAUGGACAAAGAAGAUCCUCUGGGAGAGUACAGAAAACUUUUCAACUAUCCGAAAAAGAAGGAUAUUAGCGGAGUGUGCCUCAGAAAUAUAUCAGAUGGUGAGGAAGAAUGCAUUUAUUUAUGUGGGCAAUCUUUGGGACUGCAACUGAAAUCAACUGAAUCGAAAGUCCAGGACGCACUAAACAACUGGGCUAUAAGGGGAGUUGAUAGCCAUUUCACGGGAGAGUUUCCGGCAGCCCUGAGUGACCAACCAUUAAAAGAACAAAUGGCAAACUUAGUUGGGGCUGAAACAAAUGAAAUAGCUUUUAUGAAUGCAUUAACUGUAAACAUACAUUUCAUGCUGGCUUCAUUCUACAGACCAAGUGAAAAUCGUUAUAAAAUUUUAAUGGUGGAAGGAGGAUUUCAUUCUGAUUUGUAUGCAGUGCAAAGCCAUGUAAAAUUGCGAGGUUAUGAUCCAGAGGAGAGUAUAGUGUUUUUGAAACCCGAAGAGGGAGAACAUAUUGUAAGACCUCAAAAGGUUUUGUCAUUUAUUAAAGAAGAAGGUGAAAAUAUUGCACUCAUAUAUUUAGAAGGUGUUCAUUACUACACUGGUCAACUUUUCGACAUGAAAGCAAUAACCAAAGCGGGACAUGAACAGGGUUGUAUGGUAGGUUUCGAUUUAGCCCAUGCUGUCGGAAAUGUAAAACUCAAACUUCAUGAAUGGAAUAUUGAUUUCGCUGUAUGGUGCUCAUAUAAAUAUCUCAAUAGUGGUGCUGGGAAUAUGGGAGCAAUAUUUUGCCAUAGCAAACACACACAGGGUGCUAAUCAAAUAAUGCCAGCAUUAAGAGGAUGGUGGGGACUUGAUUUCAAGAGAAAGUUUACUUUUGAUAAAGAAUUCACCGCUGCAGCAGGAGCUGAUAGAUUCAGAUUAAGUAAUCCAUCACCCAUUCUUUGUGCAAUGAUUUCAAACAGUUUAAAUGUGUUUAAUAAGGUGGGCAUGGAUAAAAUACAAGCGAAGCAGAGACUAAUCACUGGAUAUUUAGAAUACUUGCUGAGGAAACUUCUGAUGAUGUCAAGUUUGAAAAAUUCUGAGUCAGCUCAAAUACAAAUUAUAACUCCUAGAGAUCCAAAAGAAAGAGGAAGCCAAAUAAGCCUCUUGUCAUCAAUACCCAUCUCUCAGUGUGAAGAACUUCUCAAGUCGCAUGGAAUUGUUUGUGACAUUCGAUCUCCAUCUGUCUUAAGAGUAACUCCAGCACCACUUUAUAAUACAUUCACCGAGGUCUACAAAUUUGCUCAUUUUUUCAAAGAUGCUUGGGAAACUAUACAAUCCAAUGAAAGUCGAGAAAAGUGAAUGCAAAAGAAAUAUGAGAGAAAUUGAUGGAUUUUAAUAUUUGUAUAUAUUACUGUGCGUAUCCAAAACCAAAAUUAAUAUUUUUUUGCUGAGCAAUAAAAUGUGAAUGACUAUUGUUGGAAGCCAAAUGUAUAGAAUGUUUCUCAGAAAGAAAGUUUAGCAGAAAAUCGAUACACAGGGUAUACAUAUAUUUUUGUGAUGCUAAAUUAAUAUGCUUCUGUUAUUAUUUGGGUAUUGCACUUCACAAUGUAUUUUUAUAUAUAUAUUUUUGUAAAUAAAGAUUUUUUUAAAAAAAUUCAAA